AUGGCGCCUGUCGCGCUGUUGCCAUCCUCGGUGUUGGCGCUCAAUCGCCUCGCGGCGGCCGUGGCCGUUGGUUGCGGCGACAUUGCGGCCCCAUCUCGCCUGGUGCGCAGCAUCAGCAGCGAUAGCAGCAGCAGCAGUAGCCAGGCGGCUUCGGGCAACGCAGAGCAUAAACAGCAUCAGCAACAACAACAGCAGCAGCCACAGCAAGAGGAGCAGCAGCCGCAACAGCAGCGCUCCCCGAGGCAGCAGCAGCAGCAGCAGCUGGCGGCGGCGCUCAUCAGCGACGACGGCGCAGCGCGUCUCUGCUCGCCGUCCUCUAGCGACGUGCUCAGCGCGGUGGCACGCGCCAGCAGCCUGCGCCUGCUGCAGAAGCACUUUAACAUCAGUGCGCCUGGGCUGCGCGGCCAGGCUGUGCUGGCACGCAUCAUACGCUCGGGCAGCUCGGCGGUGGUGGUGGACCCGGGGUACUACGGCCUCAGCUCCAUCGCCCUCUGCGACCUGGGAGCGCCGCAGCUCUUCACCGCAGACGGCAAGCCGCUGGUCAGGCGCGACGGCAAGGCGCCAGCGCUGCGGCGCGACAGCUUCCUCAAGGUGCGGCUGGGCCAGCAGUUCACGCCCUAUGGCGACGUGCAGCUGGAGCCCGUGAGGGUGCGGCCAGAGGUGCGGCGCAAGCUGGUGUGGGGGGAGCUGCGGGAGCGCAUGAGCCGCGGCAGCCCUGUGUGGGGCCGCGUCUUGAAUCCCUGCGCCGGAGGCUACGCGGUGGGCGUGUCGGGCUACGUCGCCCUGCUGCCCAGCAGGCAGGCCAGCAUGCAGAACAUCCAGGCCAUUGGCGCGCUGCAGCAAUUCUAUAUCCAUCGCAUGGUCGAUAAUUUGCGCCGUAUCGAGCUCAGCAACUACGGGGACGCCAGCGCCGGGGGCGCCGCGCACCAGGACGACGGCGCCCCCGAGUCCCUGUGGUCCAACAUAUGA